AUGAAUGUAAUAUCGCAAGUAGAAGCACCCGAAGAAAAGGCUGUCGAUCGUGAAAAGAUCUGUCCUCUGUUGUUGCGAAUAUUUUGUGCUAAUGGACGGCAUAAUCCGCUAUCGGAGUAUGGACGUGGCAGCACUCCUGCUAAUGAAUUACAAAUAUAUACUUGGUUGGACUGUACUUUGAGAGAAUUGAUGUCACUUAUCAAAGAAGUUAAUCCAGAUGCUCGACGACGUGGCACUACGUUUGAUUUUGCUAUUGUGGCUCCAGACCGUUUCACUCCUCGUUAUGUGAUGAGGGAUAUUGGUAACACAAUGAAUGGGCAGCGUGGUGUUGAUGAUAACAAAACUUUAGCGAAUUGCAAAUUCGAAAUAGGUGACUUCAUCGAUGUGGCAAUUACACUCCCAGGCAUUGGACCAGUUGGACCGGUAUUGCGACGCAGUGGAGGAAUUCCGAUGCGAGAUCGAUCUCCAAUACGAAGAAGAGUUUACUAA